AUGAAGACAAAAUCUAAUACCAACAAUGCCACCCAUGAAGUCACCCUUGCCUCCUUAGCACAAACUGAAUCUGAAACUCGACAUAAAUGGUCCCAAGCAGAUAACACAAAGAUCAACUACAAAGGAUAUGUAGCGUGUGCAGCUCGGUUUCUUGAUGACAUGGUGUCGGUGUGGAGGAAGAGGCAUUCAGAGACUGGGGUUUGCGAAGAUGAUAUCGACACAGAUCUUCUGGCACAAGCAUUUGACAACCCUCCAAACAAAUACUCAGUAACAGCACUCUUAAAUUUCUUGACCCAGAAAUGCUUUGUCGAGCAACACGGAAAGUCAACAGGCCAGGGAAUUCAAGCAGCAAUGGCAAGGAUGUGGGACAAAAUGGAUGGACAGAAGUAUGCAGGCAACCACUAUCACUUUGACAAAUCAACUGGGAUUGUUACUGGAAAUCCUGCACGCGCCCCGAGUGUCAAAGAAUACAUAAAAUGCAUCAACACAAAAAGCAGUGCAAAAGGAGCUGCAGCAGUACGCCAUCAUGCUGAUGCGAUGCGAAUUGAAGAUCUUAUCAAAAUCAUUGAGUACUCCAAACAUGAAUGCUCAUGUGAAGAGUUAGAGAAAUCAACUGUAUCAGCACAAGAACUCAUGCAAAUGAUUAAAUAUGGUUUGGCGAGAGCCUUCUUUACCUUGGGAUUCACUCUGUGGACAAGGAAUUUUGAGCUCUGUGGUUUGCAGGCAUGCAAUAUUGAGUGGGAUUUGCAAGGCCCUGCACUGUACAAUGUCCCAUACUUUAGAGUGCAUCUUGAUGGCCGUAAAGGAUGGCAGAGCAAGCAGGGAUGGGACGGCCCUCUAGAAAGCAAUUAUUAUAACAUAUAUGCUCAGCCAGAUUCUCCAGAUAUUGACAUGUACACAUACCUCCCUCAGUGGAUAAGGCUGUUGGAAACAUAUACGACCCACUCUUUGCACCGUGGCGGUGCUCAGUACCGAUUUAUGUUCGCUCCCAUUGGGCGAUGA